GGCUUGGCAUUUUUUUUCAGUUCAGUUGACUUUUCUAUUACUGCUGCUUUUGUUUUAAGCCAAAAAUACUUAUUUUGUGUUUAUUUUUUAGUUUUUACUUAAUAAAACUUAUUAUUUUCUAAUUUAAAACAAAACAAUAAUGUUCAUCAAGUGUAUGUGAAUAAGUUUAAGUGGAAAACAAGUGAAAAAGAGAUUUUUUAAAAAUCAACAAUCAAAAUGACUAAACAACGCCAUCGGUGCCUUAAACUGAUGCUGUUAUACCAAGUGCUGUGUAUUGUUUUACCCCUGAUAACAGCUCAACAGGAUUUCUAUCAACAGAAUCAAUAUUCAACACCCACCUCGAAUUAUGACCAAUUUAAUGCCAACAGCAAUGAUCCCUAUAAUCAAAAUAUCAACUUAAACAAUUUGGAUAACAAUGAUCGUACACGUUAUCGUACGGACAACAAUUUCAAUGAUCUAAAUCAAGAUUUUGGCAAACGUCCCGGUGCUGGCGGUUCGUAUGGUGAUGAUGAACCCUCUUUGUCACGCGGCAAAACCACCUACAAUGUUAAGACACAAUUUUUGGAAUAUUAUCAUUCGAAAGAACCUACUUAUUUUAUAGUGGCUUCACGUAUGGUACGUCCCGGUUUGAUAUACCAGGUGGCAGUUAAUAUUCUCCAGUCCCAAUACCGUACCACUGUACAUGCUAGUAUCUCUUGUGAUGGUGUACAGAUUAGUGGUGAUUCGAAGGAUGUUAAGGAGGGUGUGCCGGAAACUCUUCUCAUGCGUAUUCCUCCCACCAGUACUGGUGGUGAGUAUAAGUUACGUGUCGAGGGUUUCUAUCAGAAUGUUUUUGGUGGUUUGGCUUUUCUCAACGAAACACGUUUGGAUUUCUCACAACGUUCCAUGUCCAUUUUCAUACAAACCGAUAAACCUUUGUAUAUGCAAGGUGAAACUGUACGUUUUCGUACCAUACCUAUUACUACAGAGCUAAAAGGAUUCGAUAAUGCUAUCGAUGUUUAUAUGCUGGAUCCUAGUCGUCAUAUUGUUAGACGUUGGCUGUCAAGACAAUCCAAUUUAGGCUCUGUAUCCCUAGAAUACAAACUUUCCGAUCAACCUACAUUUGGUGAAUGGACCAUACGUGUUAUAGCCCAAGGACAACAGGAAGAAAGUCAUUUCUCUGUAGAAGAAUAUUACCAGACACGUUUCGAAGUCAAUGUUACAAUGCCCGCAUACUUCUUUAAUACAGAUCCUUUCAUUUAUGGUCGUGUAAUGGCAAACUUUACUAGCGGUGCUCCAGUCAAGGGUAAUCUGACGCUAAAAGCUACCAUACGUCCCAUCGGCUACUUUAGCAAUCAAGCUCUCAAUGAGAAAUUCCGCUUGGGAAGAUCACCUUCAGAAUUGGCCGCCAUUUAUGAACAACAGAGACGUUAUGGUGUUAAUUAUAAUCCCAAUUAUAAUAACCAAUUGAAUCCAGAUCCAUCACAACAGCCCCAAUUGCAACAGGAUCAAAUAUAUAAUACCAAUCAAUUUGUGGUCGAAAGACACUAUCAAUUCGAUGAAGAAUGGCCAUUCUGGGUGCAGAAACCCGAUGUUGCCGAAACUUAUGAUCCCUGGUCGGGAGAAUAUAAGAAGACCUUACCCUAUUUAAGAUAUUUUAAUGGCACUUUUGAUUUCAAAUGGCCCAUUAGAGAAAUGGAACAAUUGGUGCAAAAUUUGGCUAAUAUGGAAGUAUUGAUUACGGCCACAGUGGGAGAGAAAUUCUACGAUGAAGUAAUAUCGGGAUAUGCCAUAGCUAGAAUAUACAACUCUAGCAUUAAGGUUAAUUUCUUGGGAGAUUCUCCUCAAGUGUUUAAGCCCACUAUGCCUUUUACCACUUACCUGGCGGUGGAGUAUCAUGAUGGUUCUCCUAUUGAUGAACAUUUGCUUAAACAAGGUAUAAUGGAAGUAAAUGGUUUUGUGGAAAGUAAAUCUGGUGGUCGACGUGAUUGGCCUAUGAAACGUUUAAAUAUGAUGCCUUUAUCUCCUGGUAUAUGGGAAGUUAAAAUUGAUUUAAGACAUGAUUUGCAGCUGGAUGAUCGUGCUCAAUCUAGAGACUUUCUUAAUGGGGUCUCACAAAUGCGUUUACAGGCUCAAUUCGUAGAUCCUCGAGGAGAACGGGCUCAAACAGAAUUGCUAUUAGUUGCUCAUUAUUCACCACGCAAUCAACAUAUUAAAGUAACCACCAGCACAGAGAAGCCAGUGGUGGGAGAAUAUAUUAUAUUCCACAUACGUACCAACUUUUUCCUUGAAGAAUUCCAUUAUUUAAUUAUGUCCAAGGGUGUUAUAUUGAUGAAUGAUCGUGAAACUAUUACGGAAGGUAUUAAAACUAUAGCUGUGGUCUUGAGUGCUGAAAUGGCUCCAGUGGCCACUAUUGUGGUAUGGAAAAUUACCCAACAAGGUCAAAUUGUGGCGGAUUCUUUAACCUUCCCCGUUAAUGGUAUAUCACGUAAUAAUUUCACUGUUUAUAUCAAUAACCGUAAAGCUAGGACGGGUGAAAAGGUAGAGGUGGCUAUUUUUGGUGAACCUGGUUCGUAUGUGGGUCUCUCUGGUAUAGAUUCAGCUUUCUAUACCAUGCAGGCCGGCAAUGAAUUGACUUAUGCCAAAAUUAUUACCAAAAUGUCUUCUUUUGAUGAACAAACCAAUGGCACCUACAAACAUAUCUGGUAUUCUCAUGCUGGUAAUCCUGAUGAUUUGGUUUAUUUCCCCGCUUCUUCUUUUGGUAUUGACGCCAAUCGCACAUUUGAAUACAGUGGUUUGGUGGUCUUUACAGAUGGCUAUGUACCCAGGCGUUCGGAUAAUUGUAAUGCUACCUUGGGCUAUGGCGAGUGUUUGUCCGGUAGAUGUUAUCGUUUGGAUAAGAAAUGUGAUGGUCUGUUCGAUUGUGAUGAUGGUACCGAUGAAAUUGGCUGUCGUGUGCGCAAUGAUACGGAGUUGGAGAAUUACCGCAAAUACCGUUUCAAUCGUGUUUUAAGACAUUAUGAACAUGUUUGGUUAUGGCGUGAUGUUAAUAUUGGCCCCCAUGGUCGUUACAUGUUUAAUGUGGAGGUACCAGAUAGACCAGCCUACUGGAUGGUUAGCGCCUUUAGUGUUAGUCCUUCCAAAGGUUUUGGCAUGCUUAACAAAGCCAUUGAAUAUGUGGGAGUGCAACCGUUCUUUAUAAAUGUUGAAAUGCCCACUGAAUGCCGACAAGGCGAACAAGUUGGUAUAAGGGUGACCGUUUUCAAUUAUAUGACUACACCUAUUGAAGCUACUGUGGUCUUACAUGGUAGUCCGGAUUAUAAAUUUGUUCAUGUAGAAGAAAAUGGCAUAGUUAGAUCCUAUAAUCCACGCACUUCCUUUGGAGAACAACAAUUCUUUAUAUAUUUAGAUGCUCAAGGCACUACUGUGGUCUAUGUGCCGGUAGUACCCCAACGUUUAGGAGAUAUUGAUGUUACGCUACAUGUGGCCACUCUUUUGGGUACCGAUACCAUAACCAGACGUUUACAUGUUGAAUCUGAUGGCUUACCUCAAUAUCGUCAUCAAUCUAUACUAUUGGAUCUCUCCAAUCGUGCUUAUGUUUUUGAAUAUAUGCAUGUCAACAUCACCCAGACGCCAGAAAUUCCAUAUCAAGUGGAUCGUUACUUUGUUUAUGGCUCUAACAAGGCUCGUAUUUCGGUAGUGGGUGAUGUGGUGGGACCUAUAUUCCCCACCAUGCCGGUAAAUGCCACCUCUUUGCUGUACUUGCCCAUGGAAUCGGCUGAACAAAAUGCCUUCUCCUUUGCUGCCAAUAUGUACACUUUACUCUAUAUGCGCAUGAUUAAUCAGCGUAAUAAGACUUUGGAAAAACAGGCCUUCUAUCACAUGAACAUUGGCUAUCAACGACAACUCAGUUUUAUGAAACAAGAUGGUUCUUUCUCCCUGUUCCGUUCUGAUUGGAAUAAUUCCGCUUCUUCUGUGUGGUUAACCGCAUAUUGUGUACGCAUUUUCCAAGAGGCCUCUUUCUAUGAAUGGGAAAAUUUCAUUUAUAUUGACCCCACCAUUAUUGAAAAGAACAUACGCUGGCUGCUGCAACAUCAAACACCCGAAGGAGGUUUCUAUGAGGUUACCUGGUUGCCAGAUCGUAAAAUGAAUAGAACCAAUUUUGCCAAUCAUACACUACAAAAUCGUAAUGUCACCCUAACUUCGCAUGUACUCAUAUCAUUGGCCAUAGUCAAAGAUCUAUCCGGUUCCUUAGGAGCACGUGUGGCCUUAGCUCAACAACGCGCCAUAACAUGGAUAGAACGUAAUAUGCAAUUUCUGCAAGAUACUCCGGAACCUUACGAUGUGGCCAUCACUGCCUAUGCUUUACUACUAAGUAAAUCUCCCAUGGCUGAACAUGUCUUCAGUAUUCUACGCACGCAUGCUCGAAUAGUAGGCGACUAUAUGUAUUGGGGUAAUAAAGAACUACCGCCGCCGCCGAAAAAAUUAGAAAAUCAAAAAUGGUUCUCUCUACCUCGCUUGCCGUAUGAAUAUGAUUCUGUGAAUAUUGAAACCACCGCUUAUGCUUUAAUGGUUUAUGUAUCACGUCGUGAAUUUUCGGUAGAUCCUAUAGCACGUUGGUUAAAUGCUCAACGUUUGAAUGAUGGUGGUUGGGCAUCGACACAGGAUACUAGUGCUGCCUUAAGAGCUUUAGUCGAGUACACGGUACAUUCCCGUAUACGAGAAGUUUCUUCGUUAACGGUGGAAAUUGAGGCCUCGUCUCAGGGCGGUAAACCGCAUACUUUGCAUAUAGAUGACACUAAUUUGGCGCAAUUGCAAUAUAUUGAUAUUCCUGAUGCCUGGGGUACAGUAAAAGUCCAAGCCAAGGGUGCUGGUUACGCCAUUUUACAAAUGCAUGUACAAUACAAUGUUGACAUCGAAAAAUUCCAAACUAAACCUCCAGUGCCGGCAUUUAACCUAAUCGCUAAAGGCAAUUUCCAUGGCAGAAAUCAGUCUCACAUCUCUUACGUAGCAUGUCAACACUGGAUAAAUCAUCAGGAAUCUGAACGUUCUGGCAUGGCUGUAUUAGAUGUUACCAUACCCACUGGCUACUGGAUUCAGCAACAAAAAUUAGAUUCAUAUGUUUUAAGUAAUCGUGUGCGAAAUCUACGUAGAGCUAAAUACACAAAUAAUAAAGUUGUUUUCUAUUUUGAUUAUUUGGAUCAAGAAGAUGUGUGUGUUAAUUUCACUAUAGAACGUUGGUAUCCCGUGGCUAAUAUGUCUAGAUAUUUACCCAUACGUGUUUAUGAUUAUUAUGCUCCAGAACGUUUUAAUGAGACAAUAUUUGAUGCUUUGCCAACAUAUCUGCUGAAUAUAUGCGAAGUCUGUGGUAGUUCUCAGUGUCCAUACUGUUCGAUUUACAAUAUGGGCUGGCGUGCCUCUAUGUCUGUAUCGUUGUUAGUGUUUAGUAUGUUCAUCUAUUUAAUGCGUAGUCGUACCCAUUUAGUACUCAAUAUGCUGCAUCUAAUGGGAGUUUAGCUCCCUAUAUCGUCUAUGUAUUAGAGCUAUUUAUCAGCCAGUAGCAGUAGUUGAAGUGUAUUAUUAUUUAAGUAACCAAAAGUCAGCAGCAGCAGUGUAAUAAAACGAAAAAAAAAACCCUUAAGAAAGAUAAAUUAAAAAAAAAAUAACUCGAAUUCGAAAUAUAUUAAAAAAAUGCAAUUAAAUCCGUCCAUAUGUUUUUGUUAAAGAAAAAACAAAACAACUAAAAUUUUUUUAUAUUAAAUUCCUAAUUUUUAGUAAUUUAUUUUUUAAGUUUAUUAAAUUUAAAAAAAGAAAUCUCAAGUGUACAAAACAAAAUACCAACAAUAUAAAGAAAAAAAAGAAAACUUCUUAAAAUUUAAACCAAGACAAGCUUUACAAAAAAGUAAAUGAUAUCAAAUUGAAAUUGAAAAAAAAUCAAACUUAGAUUUUCAUUAUUAUAACACACCAAGUGUGUUAUCUUUUUUUUAAUUCUUAAACAAUUAUUUGUCUCAAAAUAUUAUUAUUAAACAAAAGUGUCUUACUAUGCAUAUUGAAUAUCAAACUUUUUACAAAAAAUGCCUUAGAUUUUAGAAAUCAUAUCAAAUAAUAAAAAUUUUAAUUCCAAUUUUUAAUUUCUCUUAAAUUUUUUUUCUUCUUUUAAUCAUAAUUUAGUUUUUAAGUAAAAAUCUAUAAAAUUAGUAAUAACAUUAUAUGUAAUACUAUUUGUUCAAAAAAGAAAUCCAUCCCAAGAGAUUUUGCUUAAUGUUUUAUAAUCUCCCCCUUUUAUAUAUAAAAUAUAUAUAUAUAAUUAUAGCUUACUUAUAUAACUGAAUUGUAAUCCGUCCUUUUUCAAUAUAUAUAUAUAUAUAUAUAUGUAUACAUACGAACAUUUUUUAUGUUUAUAAGAUGAUAAUGAAAAUUUUGUAACAAAAAUGUUUUACAUGUAAAACUAUGAAAAAUAAAAUCUUUUAAUAAAAAAUGUAUUUUUAU